CGCCCCCACCUGUCGGGAACCGUGGGGCAGAGGCCGUGGAACCCCAGGAGAGGAUCUGCCUCUGCUUUCACAGCCCUCCACGUUUUUCCAAGAGCAGCAGAAAAUGAAUAAAUCCCUGGGACCAGUGUCAUUCAAGGAUGUGGCUGUGGACUUCACCCAGGAGGAGUGGCAGCAGCUGGACCCUGAGCAGAAGAUAACAUACAGGGAUGUCAUGCUGGAGAACUACAGCAAUCUAGUUUCUGUGGGGUAUCACAUUAUCAAACCGGAUGUUAUCAUCAAGUUGGAGCAAGGAGAAGAGCCAUGGAUAGUAGAAGGAGAAUUCCUACUUCAGAGCUAUCCAGAUGAAGCCUGGCAAACUGAUGACUUAAUAGAGCGAGUUCAGGAAGAUGAAGAUAAACAUUCAAGGAAAACUGUGUUCAUCAGUGAGACCCUGAUUGAAGAGAGAGGUAAUGUUCCUGGUAAAAUUUUUAAUGUAGAAAUGAACCCUGUUCCUUCAAGAAAAAUAGCCUAUAAAAAUAGCCUAUGUGACUCAUGUGAAAAGAGUUUAACAUCUAUUUCAGAAUAUAUUAGUAGUGAUGGAAGCUAUGCAAGAAUGAAACCUGAUGAAUGUAGUGGAUGUGGGAAGUCACUCCUCCAUAUUAAGCUUGAAAAAAUUCAUCCAGGAGAUAAAUCUUAUGAGAUUAAUCAAAAUGGGGAACCUUACACUCUAAAUGAAGAAAGUAUUUAUCAGAAAAUUCAUAUUUUGGAGAAACCCUUUGAAUAUAUUGAAUGCCAGAAAGCCUUCCAAAAGGACCCAGUUUUUGUUAAUCACAUGGAAGAGAAGCCCUAUAAGUGGAACGAAUCUGAAAUAGCCUUUCUCCAAAUGUCAAACCUCAGUGUACAUCAGAGAUCUGACAUGGAAAUGAAGCCCUAUGAAUGCAGUCAAUGUGGGAAAUCCUUCUGCAAAAAGUCAAAAUUUAUUAUACAUCAGAGGACUCACACAGGAGAGAAACCUUAUGAAUGUAAUCAGUGUGGGAAAUCCUUCUGCCAGAAGGGAACCCUCACUGUACAUCAGAGAACACACACAGGGGAGAAGCCCUAUGAAUGUAAUGAAUGUGGAAAAAACUUUUACCAGAAGUUACACCUCAUUCAACAUCAGAGAACUCACUCAGGAGAGAAGCCCUAUGAAUGUAGUUACUGUGGAAAAUCCUUUUGCCAGAAGACACACCUCACACAACAUCAGAGAACACAUUCAGGAGAGAGACCCUAUGUUUGUCAUGACUGUGGGAAAACCUUCUCCCAGAAGUCAGCACUUAAUGACCAUCAGAAAAUUCACACAGGCGUGAAACUCUAUAAGUGUAGUGAAUGUGGGAAAUGCUUCUGCCGCAAGUCUACUCUCACUACCCACUUGAGGACACACACAGGAGAGAAACCCUAUGAAUGUAAUGAAUGUGGUAAAUUCUUCUCUCGGUUAUCAUAUCUCACUGUACAUUAUAGAACUCAUUCAGGAGAGAAACCCUAUGAAUGUAAUGAAUGUGGGAAAACCUUCUACCUGAAUUCAGCCCUCAUGAGACAUCAGAGAGUACACACAGGAGAGAAACCUUACGAAUGUAAUGAAUGUGGAAAAUUAUUCUCCCAGUUAUCAUACCUCACUAUACAUCAUAGAACUCAUUCAGGAGUGAAACCCUAUGAAUGUAGUGAAUGCGGAAAAACCUUCUACCAGAACUCAGCCCUUUGUAGACAUCGGAGAAUACAUAAAGGAGAGAAGCCCUAUGAAUGUUAUAUAUGUGGAAAAUUCUUCUCUCAGAUGUCAUACCUCACUAUACAUCAUAGAAUUCAUUCAGGAGAGAAACCCUAUGAAUGUAGUGAAUGUGGGAAAACCUUCUGCCAGAAUUCAGCCCUUAAUAGACAUCAGAGAACACACACAGGAGAGAAAGCCUAUGAAUGUUAUGAAUGUGGGAAAUGCUUCUCUCAAAUGUCGUAUCUCACUAUACAUCAUCGAAUUCAUUCAGGAGAGAAACCCUUUGAAUGUAAUGAAUGUGGAAAAGCCUUCUCUCGGAUGUCGUACCUCACUGUACACUACAGAACUCAUUCAGGAGAGAAACCCUAUGAAUGUACUGAAUGUGGGAAAAAAUUCUACCACAAAUCAGCAUUCAAUAGCCAUCAGAGAAUUCACAGGAGAGGGAAUGUGAACAUAGUAGAUGUGGGAAGACUUCUCUGAAGUCAGACCUCGUUUUAUGUGGGAGAACCCUUUCAAUAUAAUGAAUAAGAAGCUCCUACCUGAAGUCAAACACAUUGUACAACAGAGUGCUCACCCAGGUGAGUGUGGACAAGCCCGUGUGUUAGUCAUAUAAUCUGAAAACUCAGAGUAGAGACCAUGAUUAUUACAAGACCAUGUGAUUCAUUAGAUACCAGACAAUACAAGAGUAAAAGUUUAUAAAUAUUUAGAAUGUGUGUACAUUUCACCAUGGAUUAGAACUUUUUUACAUAUCAGGGAAUCUAUCAAUUUAGGGAAUAUGGAAAACAUAGUCCUUAUAAAUUAUUAAUACUAAAAGAUACGUUUCUGAGACCAUAGC